CACCGAUCACGGAAAGAGCCGAAGAUGUCAGCUUGGUCAUGUGAUCAGCUGUGUCCAAUCACAGGGUCAUGUACACUGAUCAUCAGGGCACUAAUGAUCAGUGUGCCCUGAUGAUCAGUGUAGCCCCAGCAGUGCCACCUGUCGGUGUCCAUCAGUGCCUUGUGUCAGUGCUCAUCAGUGCCUCGUGCCGGUGCCCAUCAGUGCCACAUCAAUGCCACAUAUCAGUGCCUACCACUGCACAUCAAUGCCACAUAUCAGUGCCCAUAUGAGCUGCCUUUCAGUGUCACCCAUCAGUGCCAGUCAGUGCCACCUAUCAAUGCCAGUCAGUGCCACCUAUCAGUGCCAGUCAGUGCCACCUAUCAGUGCCGCCUAUCAGUG